AGGAUAUAAUUCAUCCGGGGAUUCUUGUGGAUGUCUCUACGAUUUAAUGUACAUUCGAUUUUCAAUUUUCACCAUUUGACUUUAUAAUAAUGAUAAAACUAUCCAAUUUAGAAAAGCUAAUCAGACGAAUAACGGUUAUUUUAACUAACACCAUGUUUGCAAAAUAUGAGAGUUUCAUGAAAGGAGAGGAUAGUAGUUUUGACAAAAAAGACUUCUUAAAGAGAGACCCAAUAAAAUUGUUGGUCCAACUAACAGUAAAACGACCAGCAAAAGAUGUAUUUCUACGUGUUUCCCGCGAAGAGGCAGCACCUCGACACUUCUUAUUAGAAGAAUCGGAAGAUAUGACCACCACUGAUUGCUUGGGAUUGCUCAAGCGAAAACCCACUUUUAAAUGAGAUCCAUCGUACUCUAAUGAGACGACCCAUAUCAUGAGUCUGAAGAUGUAAUGUUUUUGAAGAAAAUAAAUUGAUAAAUAAUGAAAAGAUAACUUCGAAGCUAAGCCCCACUUUGCAUUGCGCCUCGAACAUUAUUAUGAAUCAUACGACACGUGUCAUAAUAAACAACAACAAAAAAUAAACGUAUCGUUUGAAGCAUUGAACUAUGACCAUGUCAUAAUCUAAUACAGAUAACCUAUUUCCUUCAAAAAAAUAAAACUGCCGCAAUAUGUUCAUCUUUGUUUUAU